GUGAAAUAAAAGUUGACUCAUAAAUCCUGAUCAACUCACUGGGUUGUCUGGGCUGCCGGCUCCCGAGGAAAAGAAAGAUUUUUCUCAGUCUUUACCUCUUGCAGCAGGGCAGUCAUAAACCACAGUCUCUCUCCCCUUCUCACCCUGCAUCAAAGGGGAGAUUCUCUUUGAUGCCUUUGAGGGAUCCUUUUGAAUUGCAAAUCUUCUGUUUAUGGCUUCGGGUUUCUAUUUACUGUCUCUUUUGUUGCCGUGGGGGGGGGUGGCUUCCUCUUUUCUCCCCUCUCUCCCAGAUCCAAAUUGUUUUAUAAUCCAAAUCGUGAGGUUACUUACAGUCUUUUCCAAUCGUUUUAUUUUCGGAAGAAUCCAGCGCUCUCCGCCUUCGGCUUGAAGCUUCUCCCUGCUAGAAUAACGUUGCCGCUCAAAAUGGCCCCCACGACUUCUACCCUCCUCGCUCCGGAGCUCUUAUUAGAGCUAACCGAAGAGUUGGGGAGUCCGGAUUGGGGCUGUGCCGAGCAAAUUGCCCCCGGGACGCCCUUCCCGAGGUUCUAAGGGGCGCAGCGUCGCUCUCGCUGCCCUCCCCACUCCUAGCAGGGACGGGCCGUCUCGGAGACGAGACGAAACCCCGCCGAUCGGCGCUGGCGCUGAACCCGGAAGCCCAGCAUAUUUAUAUUACUUGGGGUGUUGAGUACUCUUAAUGUACUCAGAAAUCCAUACACCACCACCCCCAGCCUGGGGGAUCCAGAUGUUUUGAACUGCAACUCCUAUCAGCCUCAGCUAGCAUGGCUAUUGGCCAUUCUGUGGCUAGUAGUAGUCCAAAACAUCUGGAGGGCACUAGAUUGUGGGGGGCUCUCCUAUAACGUAGGUAAAUAUCACUGCCCCAUUUUAUAGAUGAGAAACAUUGACUAUUACUUCAUUCUACCUAGGAGUUGCGGUGGGAUUUGAGAGACAAUCCCCCAGCUUGCAUUCUUGGCUACUAUGCCACACCAGCUUAAUCUUUGUUAGGGAGGAUAAAAAUCUUUUAAAUACAUUCUAUAAAUGCAUGUGGUCAAAGACAGGCUUACACAAUAAGUUCUUCAGUGUUGGUUAGUGCGAAAUCUAAGUUUCUGGAUGGAAUAAAAACCAUUCCUAGUGGUUGUUUUAACAUCUCCAAACAUUGUACUUUCACAGUUCUUCCGUAUAAUAAAUAUGUUCUUCAAUAAGAAUUAUCCUGUCCAAAUAUUACAAGUCUUGAAAAACAUACUUGUGGUACAGCUUCCACUGUAUUUUGCUCCUGAGCGAGGUUUCGUGUAUCACAGAAGCUCCAAAUAAAGGGAGAAAGACAGAGUGGCCACAGACAUUCAAACAAUGAUUUCUUGCCAGCUAACUUCACUGCUCUCCAGGAAGGGGAUAUUCUGUGUAAUGGUGCAGAAGGGCCUGUUAGCGGCUGUCUUUCAUAGCUCAGGAAAGCAAAUAUUCUCUUGACUACAGCAAGCUUUGCUAAUAUUGAACAAUUCAGUGAUCAGACUGAGUCUGCAGUACUAUGCAUACUACUUUGAGAGUGCCGGUAAGUCCCAUUGAACUCUGUGGGAAUUAACAUCGAAGUAAGCAUGUAUAGGAUCAAGUUGCCCUGCAGAAUUCAGCUCUGACCACAAAAUCACACUGUCAUUCUUCUAAGCAGCUGUGUAAAGCUUAUGAAAUGUAGCAAGAAUGAAAAUAUUUCAUUUAAAAGUAUUGAAUGUCUAUAUUACUGUUUCUACUCUUCAUUAGUGUUUGCUUAUAGAAGGAGUGUGAAUGUGUGGUGUAAUGUUUUUAAUAUUAGAAAAAUACAAAAGAGGCACAAUGUAGGAAAACACUGUAACAUAGAGAAGAAAUAACAAAGGUGCACCUUGUCCAGAAAUUUCCUGUUCCAGAAUAUAACAAAUGCACUUCUUCAAUAAAUGUGUUUAAUCCUGAAAAUACUAUUUGGAAAUUGAGGGAGCAAUAGAGUUUUCCCAAAUGACAGCAAAGCAACGGUGAGAAUAUUUAUUAAUAGUUCUAAAUUUCAUCCGCCAAUUUCAUCAGCGCAACAAAACUGCUUCAGGGUCUUGAAGUAUUAAAUAGCUAGUCACUUCAUUUCAUUUACCAAGAAUAUACAGUAUGUUUAAUGUUAUGUAUGUUAGUUUCUCCAGGGUGGUUGUUAAAGUCCGUGAUCAUUUAUUGAAAUAUCAGGGUUUGUAAUGAAACAUACUUGAAAGCAUUGAUAAGGGUUGAAGAAGAAUUCCUCCUAAUUACUUUUUUUAAAAAUAUAUUUAUUGAAAGAUUUUUGAAAUACAGAAUGAAAAAAACAAUUUUUUAUAUUGCCAAUAUUGCAAAAAGGAAAAAAAGAAGAAAAAUACAAAAAUGAAAAAUAAAAGAAAAUUCAGAACAAAAAAGAAAAGAAAGAAGAAAAAUACUCAAUCUAAUUAAUAUCCCAUAAUUAUAACCAAUUCCGACUUUCCCGUUCCAACCUUUCCGAGUCCACUUUUAUCCCCAAAUGUACAUCAAUAGGGGUGAGCGCCCCACCCCCAGUUCUACCCCAUUUUUAUUCCCAGAUUCUAUUAUGGCUUAAAUUUAAUUACAGUUACAACUUGCUAGAAAAGUGCUGAGACUACAGUACUGACUGAGUCAGGUAGUCAUGUUGAAAAUUGGUACAAAGUGCCAGGAAAAGAAACUCUUAUUAAGAUCAACUUUACAAUGGAGCAUGUGAGUUUUUGGGAUAAGUAUUGUGAACACUGAUUCAUUGACAACUUGACCCCCUGAACUGCAGUUGACCUAUACAGAUGCAUGCUGUUCCAAAAGGCAUUACAGCAUCUCUUUCUAUUAUAUUAGAGCAAAUGAGAGGCGCUACGAAUUACUGAGCAUGCCAUGCAUACUCUUAAUAGAAUAAUUAGGAAGCCAACUAAAGAGUACUUUAAAAGGGAUGUGCAGAACAAAGGCAGGAGCUUCCGCUCAAUGUUAAGCCAUUUUGUUUUUAAUUAUUUAUACCCUCCUUCAGAGAAACAGUGUAUAGCUCUUCCACUGUGAAACUCAGAAUGCCUUCCGGUAAACACAGUGCAUUGUUGAGCCAUGCUGGAGUAACAGCCUCUUACAAGCCUGAUCACUUGGGAAAGGCCCAUAGCUCAAUAGGAGAGCAUGUGCAUUGCAUGCAGAAGGUCAUAGAGUCAAUAUCUGGAAUCUCCAGUUAGGGCUGGUAGAGACUCCUGCCUGAAAUCCCAGAGUGCUGCUGCCAAUCAACAAUAAACAGUACUGAGCUAGAUGGCCCAAUGGCUUGGCAUAAUAAGUCUGCUUCCUAUACCUAACUAGGAACUUCUGUUGAACUGGAUGGGACUUAACACCCCAGGAACUAGGCCAUAGUACAUAUGACACAGUUCUGUGCAUGUUUAUUCAGAAGAAAGUCCCACUGUGUUCAGUGGGGCUUACUUCAAGGUGAGCGUACGUGGGAUUGUGGCCUUGUGAUCUAAGCCUUAGACCCGGCAGGGGCCAGAGAUUAUUCAGUUCACUAUCUGUCUUAAAAUGGCAUUCUGUUAACUGGUGGUGUGCACCAGCCACAAUAUUCACGUUGUAUCUGUAGCGUUACAAAACAACUUGAACUGUGUUGAAUCCACUGUCUUUCUGAUUUGGCUUGUUAUUCAAGUCUGCCUCAUAUCUGUUAAAUCCAAAAGCCUGUUUCUCCCCUCCUAUUGACUAAAACAGGUAAUCUGAAAAGGCAACAGAGCUCUUCCCGAACAAGCCAAACUGCAGGUUUUUUAAAAAAAAUGUGUGUGCAGGGAAUCUUGACAUAUUUUUCUAACCCUUAAUUUUUUUCACAGAAUUGCAGGCAAUUUAUUGGCCCCUCUGAAGGGAUAAAGAGUUGUAUCCAAUGCAGGACUUUUGUUUCCUCUUAUGUCCCUGCUCUCCCCAGCCCUCCAGUGCUGAUUUUGAGGGUACAGAGGGGACUGGAGGGGGCAGGUGGGGAAAUUAUGUUGUAUGCAAAGAGCUGAAGCAUUGGCUACAUCCCAAAGUCUGACACUUUCAGUAGAAUAGGUGUGGUGGUUUUCCUGCAAGGGCAGACUUUAUCUUGUGGUGGUGGGUUAAAUAGAAAUCAGUCUGGAAAAUAGUGGCAACAAGGUGGUGCCCCUGGAUAAUUGGGUAAUGAUGGGUUGGCAAUGAGCAGCACAGCUGGGAUUGUACUUCAGGGACAAGCUGCCGUAGCUGAGUAUGUCUCUGUGUAUGUGAAGAUACUAGACCUAGAAAAGGGAGGAGAAAACUUUAAUAGAAAUUAAUAAUACUCACCAGGAAGGUCUCAAUGUAAUGGAAUAGCAGGCAUCCUAAAACCGGAGGCAUGAGAAUGAAGCCUUGAACUAGCAAACUAAAACUGGAAGAAAUAACAUUUUAAAUGAAUAAAAAUGAAUAAAAAGCAAUACACAAGGCAUUUUGUGUGGGAUGGAGACUAUUAAAAGUUUGCAGAAGCCUAAAGAAAAAAAAGAAUGGAAUGAAAAAUAAUUUAAGUAUUUGUUGGAAAACAGAAAGGGAUUGAAAUAAAAAGGAACGAAUAAAUCACGUGAAAACGGAAACAGAACUAAAGGAACCUGGAACGAUCCUAUACUGAGCUCUCUUAAAGGUUUACAAACAAAGAAUGAACACAAAUUGAUAGAAGUAUUGAUUUUUAAACUGUUAUGAAAGAGACAGUGAUACAUAAGGGCACCAACACUCUUCCCUCAAAUCACUGUGUUUGGAGUGCCCUGUGAAAAUCGAUCACUGUGGUUAAAACAUAGACCUGUUCAACAAAAUGAAAGAGUACACACACACCCCACCCUGACCACACACACACACCCCUACUCAAUUUUAGGGUGUUUCUCUAGUCAGCUUGGUCACUUUAAAUGGAAAAAGGCAGUGGUUUGGGGGCACCUGAGUUCACAGAACAACUUUAGCAAGUCCCUGAUCCAGCUUGAGAUACCUUCUUAAUAAUGCAGUCACUCCUAUUUGCUUCGUAAUUUGAACUGUACAUGGAGAUGAUAGACACCCCUACCAAAUACUGCAACUCACAAGCACAAAUUAUGUAGAAAAUGUGAUUAUUAUGUAUUAUGGUAUCUUCAGAAAAAAGUAACACACUUUUUUUAAAAAAGAAAUACACAGUUUAAUAGGAAUAGUUGGCAGUUUUUCAAUGCAGCGUCAUGUAGAAUAAUUCUCUACUACAUUAAAAUGUGAGGUGAGUUUACAUCAUCAAGUGCAGCAACUCAAGCAAAAGUUAAAAUAGCAAAGUUCCAAGCUACUGUUUUAUAUAUAAACUGUAUACUAUUUUGUAUAUAAAUGCAUAAACACGCAAGAAAAUGUACUUGCAGAAACUACAAACAUAAAAACAAACAAAACAAAAAGUGUGUUUCUACCAACACUUUUAAAUUUGCCUGUCACAUUUACCUAUUACAUAUGAUAUGACAGCCAUCUUCAGAUAUCUCAAGGGCUGUCAUGUGGAAGAGGGAACAAGCCUGUUUUCUCCUGCUCUGGAGGGUAGGACCCAGACCAAUGGCUUCAAGUUACAACAAAGGUGAUUCUGACUAAACAUCAGGAAGAACUUUCUGACAGUAGAAGCUGUUUGACAGUGAAAUGGUCUCCCUCCAGAGGUUGUGGACUCUCCUUCCUUGGAGGUUUUUAAGCAGAGGUUGGAUGGCCAUCUGUCUUGGAUGCUUUAGCUGAGAUUCCUGCAUUGCAGGGGGUUGGACUAGAUGACCCAUGGGGUCCCUUCCAACUCUACAGUUCUACUCUACAGAUUUAAAUCAACUCUACAGAUUUCAACUUUCUUAUUUAAAAUAUUUUUAUACUCUCCUUCAUCAAAAUGAUUUAGAAGUUGUACUGUUUCAAACAAACAAUAGUUAAAGAUAACAAAACAACAAGCUGCAGUUAAAUUAUUAUUAUUUUUAAUGGAAGCAUAAUGGAAGCAAAACCUGCCUAUCUUCUUGCACUUGGUGGUGGUGGAGGAGAGUGUGAGAUCCAAAGGCACACUAACAUUCAUUCCCAUCACAGUGAACUAUAGUUCAUCAUGAUGUCUGAACUGGCUCAUUAGGUAUAAAUAGUUGCAUACAAACUUUCCCCCCCUUUUGCUGGGGGCUGUUUAAAAUUCCUCUCAUGUAACUAUUUGCCACAGAUGGAUCCUUGGCAUUAUUUCAACUGCUGGAUGUGAGAGUGUUAGUCAUUCACAGGCAUCGCCUUGCAUUAUACAGUUUGGCCUGUGAUUCAUUCUCAUAGCAGUCUCAUGGCUGUGACAAGUGCCAUUUUCUGUAUAAAUACUUUGCACUUCUCUGACCUUUAUGUUGUCCGCAAGUGGCACAAAUUAGAAUGGUGACUGGAUGUCAUUUCUGAAAUAAGCUAAUCUGUUUCGUUGAUAAACAAAAUGCUCACUCAUUCCUUUCUACUGUGCAGUUGUUGUACAGUAUUUGCAUAUUGAAACACACACACACACACACACACCCGAAUGCUAGUUUGAUUUGAACGCUUGCAAAUUGAUAUUCACCUGGGACACUUCCUCCGUCCUGGCAGCUUCCUAUCGAAUGCACAAUAUAAUAAUAAACCAGAAGUUUAUAAAAUGGUAUCCUCACAAAAAAGAGGAAUAUAUUUGGUUCAGGCUUUUGUUGCUCUUUAGGGACUUCUUCCUUUCCCAAACCUGUGAUUUUCAGCCUGUGUACUAAUUUAGUGGCCCUGACAUCUGAAAAACAUUUAACCCCCUGAAACAGUUCCCAAGUCCUAAAACUGCAGGCAUCAAAUGUCACAUGGUGAGAGUGGGAUUGCUUAUAGGAUUACAUCUAAUCCAUACACGACAUUAUGACAUGAUCACCACUUGAAAAAAGCCAUUAAAUGGAAGAGAGAUUGUGUGGUAUGUUGUUCAUGGGAUUCACUUCCCACAAGGCUUCAAUGAUUUUCGCCAUGUCCAUUGUGACAUCUUUGCAAGAAUGAGGUGAAAACUCCUGGGAUGAGGGUAAGCUUCUGACAUGAAUGGCUUACUUUGUAGGGAAAUUUGGGCUUACACUCCCAUGUCCUGUGCAUCCACUGUGCUCCCACUGCUGUAUUUUAAGUUGGUAUUGUGUACACAGCCUUACGCUCUCUGGCAGUUUGAAGCCACUUCCAUACCUCUUUAUUGCAUGUGUAAACUUAGCCCUGUACACAUUGCUAAACUGUUAAUUGAUCUGUUCCUAUUGAAACCUAUUUCCUUUCGUGCUUCUGCAAGUAUCUCUAGAGCACCCAAUUGCUGCUCUGCUUUUCCGACUCCUAUAUAUAAAAAAUAGCAGGAUUUUAGGUAUUUGAGAGCUACUAUGAUAUUCUCCCUUUUCUACCCAUUGUUUCAUACAUGCUGGAAUCCAGUGGACCAUGUAAAUAUGUGUCCAAGAGGGCUUUGUACUUGAGCUUUGUAAAUGUAAAUUCCCACCUUGGGCUAGAACAUGAAUUAUAAGAUGUAUUUUGUGCACCCAGACAUUGCAAAAUGGGAGUUGGGGAUGGGCUAUCUUUAAACUAUUGAUUCAAUGGCAGAAAAAAAUUGACCUUCUGGGAUUAUUAUUUACUAGUUGCACAUCUCGUAAUCACACUUUUGUGCCUGUUCCCCCCCCCCCAAUGUCUGAGCAAAAUAUUCUAACUUAAAAUUUGUAUUUUCUUCUAAUUUCACAGUUGGACAAGUCUCUCCAUUACAAAUAUUUCUAAUCACAGCUCAGAACUAGCAUAGCAAUCUAUUGUGUGUGUUGUUUUUUUGCCUUCUAGAACUCAUUUCCAAAUGCCUGCUAGACUGGAAGUUUUUUAAAUGCGAAAAACACCCUUCAGAAUAUUGCAGUUCUUUCUUUCCCUAUUCCUCCCUUACCCUACAUUAGACAAACUUAAGUAAAGCUCUGACCAGAAGUCAUGCCUAAAAAGGCAGCGUCUUCUCAUAAACUUUGUCUGUGUGAGUGUUGGUGCCACUGUUUGGUACACUUUGAUGUUUGUAUAGUAUUUGAUUCUGAUUUAAAAGCAGUCCCAUGGAAGUAAACAUAGUAAAUUAUUCUAACUUAUUUUUUCUUGUAGGACCACAUGGUUAUGAGAUUUAAAGUCCAUUAUGCCUCCUGCCAUGGCAGAUGCCCUAGACAUCUGGGCAGUAGAUUCACAGAUAGCAGCUGAUGGCUUAAUAUCUGUGGACUUCCUGCUUCCUACUGGAAUUUACAUCAGUCUAGAUGUCCCACGUGAUGCCACUAUCGGUCUUAUAAAACAGCUAUUAUGGAAGGAAGCACAGAGUUACCCUCUGUUUCAUCUUCUUAUGGAGAUCGACUCCUAUAUGUUCUCUUGUGUGAACCAAACAGCGGUACGUGAAGAACUGGAAGAUGAGACACGCAGGCUCUGUGACGUUAGACCGUUCCUUCCUGUCCUUCAACUAAUUACAAGAAGCUGCAACCCAGGGGAAAAAUUGGACUCUAAAAUAGGUGUCCUCAUAGGAAAAGGCCUCCAUGAGUUCGAUGCUCUACAAGACCCAGAAGUCAAAGAAUUCCGGAUUAAAAUGCGGCUAAUCAGUGAAGAGAAGAUGCAGUCACUUGUGGGGCUGUCUUGGAUGGGCUGGUUGAAGUACACUUACCCACCGCACCUAGAGCCAGCAACACAGGAAAACCUCCAAGAUAAACUUUAUGGUGGCAAUCUAGUUGUGGCUGUUCAUUUUGACAACUGCCGGGACGUAUUUAGUUUUCAGGUGUCUCCUAAUAUAAACCCUAUCAAGCUGAAUGAACUAGCAAUUCGUAAACGUUUGACUAUCCAUGGAAGAGAAGAUGAAGAAGUUGAUCCUUCUGACUAUGUUCUGCAAGUUAGUGGAAGACUGGAAUAUGUUUUUGGGGACCAUCCGUUAAUUCAGUUCCAGUAUAUCCAUCGUUGUGUGAUGAGCAGAGCCCUUCCUCAGCUCACUCUUGUUGAAUGCAGCACCAUAAAAAAAAUGUGUGAUCAGGAAAUGGUCGCUAUAGAAGCUGCCAUAAACCGAAAACCAGGCAACCCUCCUGUUCCUCUACCACCCAAAAAAACACGUUUGACUCAAAGUGUGUGGGAUAUUAACAAUCCUUUCAAGGUAGUCCUAGUGAAUGGCAACAAGUUGAACACAGAAGAGACAGCUAAGGUUCAUGUCAGGGCUGGUCUCUUCCAUGGAACUGAGCUCCUUUGUAAACCUAUCGUAAGCUCAGAAAUAUCUGGGAGAAAUGACCAUGUUUGGAACGAACCCUUGGAAUUCGAUAUCAACGUCUGUGAUUUGCCAAGAAUGGCUAGGCUGUGCUUUGUGGUCUACGCUGUGAUGGAUAAAAAGAAAAAAAAUAAUCCAAGCAAGACACUUAAUCCGUCCAAAUACCAGACCAUUAGGAAAGCUGGCAAAGUGCACUACCCUGUCGCAUGGGUCAAUACUAUGGUGUUUGAUUUUAAAGGACAAUUGAAAACUGGAGACCUCAUACUGUACAGCUGGUCGUCAUUUCCUGAUGAACUUGAAGAAAUGUUGAAUCCAAUGGGAACUGUACAGACAAAUCCAUACACUGAAAAUGCAACAGCUUUGCAGAUCAAAUUUCAAGAGUAUUCCAAAUUUCCUAUUUAUUACCCUCCCUUUGAUAAGAUACUUGAAAAGGCAGCUGAAAUUGCAAGAAAUAAUGAUAGCUCUGGUAUGGCAGGUCGUGGUGGCAAAAAGUUCUACAUUGAGCUAAAGGAGAUCAUGGAAAGGGACCCCUUGUCUCAGCUGUGUGAAAAUGAAAUGGAUCUCAUUUGGACUUUACGGUAUGACUGUCGUGAAAACUUCCCACAAUCCCUACCAAAGCUGUUGCUCUCUGUCAAAUGGAACAAACUUGAAGAUGUGGCUCAGCUUCAGGCUCUUCUCCAGAUAUGGUCCAAGCUGCCUCCCAGAGAAGCAUUAGAGUUAUUGGAUUUCAAUUAUCCAGAUCAAUAUGUAAGAGAAUACGCAGUGGGCUGUUUAAGGCAGAUGAGUGAUGAAGAACUUUCUCAGUAUCUUCUGCAGCUUGUGCAAGUAUUGAAAUAUGAACCUUUUCUCGACUGUGCUCUCUCCAGGUUCCUGCUAGAGAAAGCUCUGGCAAAUAGGAGGAUAGGACAGGUGCUGUUUUGGCAUUUGAGAUCAGAAGUGCACAUACCUGCCAUUUCAGUGCAGUUUGGUGUGAUACUUGAAGCUUACUGCCGUGGAAGCAUUGCUCACAUGAAAGUACUUUCCAGACAGGUUGAAGCAUUGAAUAAGAUGAAGACUUUGAAUAGUAUAAUAAAACUGAACGCUGUGAAGCAAAGCAGAGCCAAAGGAAAAGAUGCAAUGCACACCUGUUUAAAACAAAGGACCUACAAAGAAGCCCUUUCCAAUCUCCAGUCCCCUCUGAAUCCUUCCGUUUUGCUUUCAGAACUGUAUGUGGAGAAAUGUAAAUACAUGGACUCUAAAAUGAAGCCCUUAUGGAUUGUAUACAACAACAAAGUGUUUGGUGGCGAUCUGGUAGGGAUCAUCUUUAAAAAUGGAGAUGAUCUACGGCAAGACAUGUUAACACUUCAGAUGUUACGCCUGAUGGAUUUACUUUGGAAAGAGGCUGGUCUAGAUCUUCGAAUAUUGCCUUAUGGAUGUUUAGCAACAGGAGAUCAUUCUGGCUUAAUUGAGGUUGUUUCUACUUCUGAGACAAUUGCAGACAUUCAGCUAAAUAGUAGCAAUGUUGCUGCUGCUGCUGCAUUCAACAAAGAUGCUCUCUUAAAUUGGCUUAAAGAAUACAAUUCCGGAGAUGAUUUGGAUCGAGCCAUUGAGACAUUUACUCUAUCUUGCGCUGGCUACUGUGUAGCUACUUACGUGCUGGGCAUAGGAGACAGACAUAGUGACAAUAUUAUGGUCAGGAAGAAUGGCCAGCUCUUCCACAUUGAUUUUGGCCAUAUUCUUGGAAACUUCAAAUCCAAAUUUGGAAUUAAAAGGGAGCGAGUGCCUUUCAUCCUUACCUAUGAUUUUAUACAUGUCAUUCAGCAGGGGAAAACUGGAAACACUGAAAAAUUUGGCCGGUUCCGCCAAUGUUGUGAAGAAGCGUACUUGAUUCUGCGAAAACAUGGAAACCUAUUUAUCACUCUCUUUGCACUGAUGUUAACAGCUGGGCUUCCAGAGUUAACCUCUGUUAAAGACAUCCAGUAUCUAAAGGACUCCCUUGCCUUAGGAAAGAAUGAUGAAGAGGCACUAAAGCAAUUUAAGCAGAAAUUUGACGAGGCGCUCAGAGAAAGCUGGACUACUAAAGUGAACUGGAUGGCACACACGGUCCGGAAAGAUUACCGAUCCUAGGUGGUUCAUGAAAUUGCACUAAGCUUAAUGUUACCCUGACAAUAAAGUAUUAAAAGGGAAACAACAGACCCUUUCUCAAAACAGACCCAAGGAAAUUGCCUGAACGAUUCCUGAUUUUAUUUUGCACUCUGCUUUGGAAUGCUUCAACAAGAUUCAGGAUUUUGUAACAUUAGCAGAUUCCUCAAACGCUUCUGCUGACUUUGCACGCUGGAAGCUACUACUAAGCUUUUAUAUUAUUAUUAUUAUUUUGAUACAUUGAGAAGCUGUAAAUAUUUGAGAUUUUUUAAUGUUUGGACAGUGUUCUCUAACUUGAUCUAGAUGGGUAGAGACUUUUUGAAGAUCUGAUUGCUAAACGGCAUCAGAGAUGUUUCAGAUGUCUUUAAUUCUGCUGCAACUGAACAUUGCUGUAUGUAUAUAUACUUUUUUUCUGGCACAAACAUAUUUGUUCUGCUGUAAAUAACUGCCAGAUCAUUCAUUGUACAGCAGGGUGCUGCUUUAUUGUCUUGAACUACUGCCAGAAGAAGAGAGGUUUCUACAUUUAAUAAUGAAAAAAAUAUAUUUAAAGAGACCCUUUUGCCCCAAGUGCUCUGUGUUGAUAUAAAUGUAUUGGAAUGUAUGUAGAGCAUACAUGUUUGGGACAACCUUUUGCUCUUGGAAAUUCCACCUCAACGUUUACUGCCUUUUUGAAUUUUAUUGAGCAUUCAGCGAAGGCCUACAACAUCUAAGCUUUUGAAGAUACUUCAAUAAAGAGUUUGUCACUGGAAAACUAACAGGCCACCCAUCACAACUACCGUAUAUUAUUUGCACACAUUUGUGUAAAUCACAAAACAGAAAGCAUUAUGCAUCAUAGUCAGGUUUUGUAUAUGUAGCUCAAACUAAGGGAAAUGUACUUUCAAAACCAAGAGAUUGUCAUUUUUAAAAAUGCUAUAUUAUUAUAGCAUUUUUAAACAGUACUCCAGAAGGGAGUCAGACCUGUUCUUUACUACUUAAAUGCCUACAGCAGUUUGUUUUGUCAAGGAAGAUUGUGUUUUGCCUAAGUUGAUACAUGGGAGAAACUGGAUUUAUUUUAAUUUAUCCAAUGAGGUACCAUACUUUAAGGUGCUUAUAACAAAAGAGUAAUUCAAGUUAAAAGUGCAAUAGGAACUGCUUGUUUAAAGAUGUAAACAUAAAAUGUUUUGAAACAGUGGCGAGGUGGACUUCUAACUACUGCUUACUCGCCAAAGAACACUGGUAGUUCUUAACUUUGGUGAUGAUUGAUUGAUUGAAUGAAAGUAAUUAUAUAUAAAGUUGUUGUUGAAUCAGAACAAUGAUUUUAAAUAGGAAUUGCAUUAAAGUCUAUUUUACUUUGUCAAAUGUGUUUGUGUUUCUCUAAAGUAUACUAUAUUCAGUUGGACAGAGCUCUGUGUUAAUAUUAAGCUGCAAUCAUGUUGGGGAUUCACAAUUUGUGAAUAUGCUAAGAGGCCAAAGCUUAAUGAGAAAUAUGUCAUAAAUGUGAAAUUACACUAAUUGCAAUAAUCAUGCACAAGUAUGUGAGCAUACGCACAGUAGCACUGCGAAGCUCUCAAUUACUCUUUCCAUUAUUAAAAUUUCAUUUAUUUCAGUAUUGUCAUUUACUAUUCUGUAUCAUCAAUCUGGAAUCCAGCUGCUUAAUUAUUCCCAUGUUUGUGUUUCAAUGGGAGAUCCAGCUUGUAUUCUGGUGCUAUGACAGUGAAACAUCCCAUCUAAGUGGCAUGAAUCUAUCAUCUAUCUA